GGAGCUGUGUAAAGAAGAAGCAGCCGAAGCGACAGACUGUGGGUUAAGUUUGUCCGCCCUGGCUUCCCAUCGCUAGUCAACGGGGGCUUUUGUUUCAUUGAUGAACAACAACCUUAGGUUUCGCUUGAAAAAAAAUUCCCAGCAAAAGAAAGAGGCGUUAGAAAACGGUCAAGCACGUUCGUGACAUUUUGUAUCAUUUGGAGAGACAGUCGGGAAAAAAAGAGAGAGGAAGGGAGGGAGAGGAGAGAGGGAAAAGUGGGACGGAGCAGGCGACUCUAAAGUUGACGCUGUCAUGUUUGGUACUUGUUGAAUAGGCUGUGUGUACAUACACAACACUGGAGCCUGUGUUGGCAGCGUGCUGCGAACAGGGUGUUGUGUAUCACCAUGAGGAAGUGACAGACCAGGGACAGACCAUGAUGGCAGAGCUGGAAAUUGACCAGACCAACCUUCCACGUGUCCAAGAAGUUUGCCAGUGUUUUGCUGUGCUGGAGGAUGGGGUGUUAGCCCACAACCUGCAGGAGCAGGAGAUCGAGCAAUACUAUACCACCAACAUCCAGAAGAACCAGCUAGUGCAGAAUGACAUCCGUGUAGCCAAAAGGCUGCAGGAUGAGGAAGAGGAGCAGCGGGCCCAGCAGAGCGACCUCCUCAGACAGGCCUCCAGACAACUAGAGGAGCAAGACUUUGAGUAUGCCCGUUUAAUUCAGGAGGAGAUCCAGCGUUGUGCUGAGGAGGCCCAGAGGAGGGAGCAGGACGAUGAGGAAAUAGCUAAACGAAUGCAGGAAGAGGAGAAGCAGAGAAUCAGGAGGAGGAGCAGAGAGCAGGAGGGCCUUACUGAAGGCAGCGCCAGCGAUCCUGCACUGCCAUCCACUCAUCAGCACACACUCAGCAGCCUUCAUCAAGGGGAGGAGCAGUACUCAUCUACCACCACCAGGUGGCAAUGUUCUACCUCUCAAAACCAUUCAAACUUAACUGAGCCUCAGGCUGACUCCCCCAGGGGGGUAGCAGCUCAGAAAAGCACAACUUCAUGGUCAAAUCAAGGACACACUGAUUCUUUCAGGGAAAUCAGGAGAGAAUUAGGAGAGGCCUUGAGUGAAGAUUCAGAGGACUCGGACACUGUCUUUUCUGAACAGCUCUCUGUCUUGUCCCGGAGACUGAAUGAAAGACUCAGCAUGGGACCUCCUCGACGGCAGGCAUCCCCACAUCAGCCACAAGAGAGAAAGUACAGAAGUCUUUGCUCUCGCAGCAGCUUCCCAGAUGAGCUCAGAGUUUGGGAGGAGGAGAGAGGAGAUGAUGAGGACAAUUAUGAACAUGGCGACCUAGAGAAGAGGAGGCCUAGGAAGUGGGAUCAGGAAAGAAGCCAUAGAGAGGAAUAUGAGGGUUUGCACAGGAGAAGAGAUCAGGAUAGAGACUCUAGUUUAGGUGAGGUGAGAGAAAGGCGAUGCAGUCGCAGUCAAUCUGUCAGGCAACAUGACCGGAGUAGACAUAACCUAGCAAGAACUUGGAGUUACAAGGACAACCCUGACAAACAUGUCAGUUUUCAGGACGACACCAGGAGCUCUAACAGGCAGCGGGGUGAAAGCAGCAGUGUCUGGGAGAUGCUAGGCCACGUCCUCAGAGAGAGGGGUGUGCCUGUGAGGUUUGGCAGCAAUGGGGCGCCACUGCAAAUAAGGCCCCAAAGCAGAGAUAGCCAGGUGUUUCACGGGAGUGAGGUCUCCUGCGGAGACUCCCAACCACAUCAGAGAGUCUUCCAGAGAGCUGCCGCCACUAGGCACAGUUUCCAUGGAGAUAUCAGGGAGAGGAGGAAAAUGUCAUACAGAGAAAACAGUGGGAGAGAUCACAGAGAAGACCGAGACAGGCACCGUAAUAUUGUGGAGCAUGAUGGAGAGGUUUAUGAGAUUAGAAGUGGAGACUCAUAUCCUGCUAACAGAGAUAUGGGAAGCAGUACAAGGUGGAGAGAGCACAGAUUUACUAACAAUGCCGUGAGGGAGAGGAACGCAAGUGAUUGCAGGGUCAAAAGGACAACAAGCGAACGCAGUCAUUGGCACAAGACCAUAGAUGAAAGGUUAAGCACAGAGGAGGAGCAGGAGGUGGAGAGGAGAGUAGAGCAGCCCUGCCGAAGAGCCCCACAGCGUAGCCAAAGCGUCAGCAGCAGCAGGGCCUCAACCAGGAAUAGGUCAAGGCACAUGGCAGCAGGAGGGUCACUGCAUCCAGAGCUUGGUGAGGCAAGCUUAAAUCUGGGGGAGCUGCAGCAGGUCCUAAAGGAUGAAGAACUGGCUCGCAGGCUGCAGGAGGAAGAGGAAAAGCUGUUGAGGAGGAACUCUCAGCCCUCUCCAUGUAGCGCUUACCCAGACGGAGACUUCAGAGUAGCACAAGUGGCUCAGGAUGAGGAAAUUGCACAUUUCAUGCAGAAGCAGGAAAUUAAGUCAAAGCGUAGAUCUCGUGAGCUAGAAGGGCCGGCAUCGUGGCGCGAGCACAGAGCGAUGAUCAGUCACCAUGAGAGACGAGCUACAAGAGACAGACAGGUCCAACGAGAGAGGCUUGACUCAGAGGGCCUUCCUUCCCCCACUGAGGACUGCUCCCCAGAGAACCAGCCACCCAGCCCCACCUCUACUAUACCACAAGCCCAGCAGAUCAGAAACAUUGCGGAAGAGCUGGACCCAACCUUCCAGGCGAGGAGGCAAGGCACAGAUAGCCUCAGAGUAGAACAAACAGGUCCAUCCUGUCAGUCACUUCCCAUGCCUCAUUCUGGCUUGCAUGAAUUCCUCGAGGAGCCUACUUUCAUCCCACCCACAAAACGGCAAGCAGACAAAUCAGGACGCACUAAACCCAAAGAGAAGAAGGAAAAUUGCAAGCAACAAUAAUUUUCAAUACUUUAUAUACUAUAUUUUGUAACACUAAAUAUCAGUUCAGCAGAGUUCUCAUUACUUUAAGAUUGAAAAGAACAAUUUCUCUCUACAGGCUACCCCUACUAGCACUUUAGACCAGUGGAACAAAGAGAAAGAAUUGAAAGAAGUGACGUUUUAAAAUAUUUCUCAAAACUUUGGACUCAUGCAUUUAUAUUUGUCAAAGGGAAAAUUUAUGUUUAUUGAAGUAUUGUUUGAAUUCAUCAGUGUUAAUGAGUGUUUAAUUUAAACAAUUUUAAAUAUUUGUAACUUUUUAUUUGUUUUCAAUUUGUUAAGCAGUAUACCAUGACCAUCCAAAAUGUCAAAUGACAAAGUAACUGUGAUAACCCUUGACCCCGAGUGACGUAGUUUAUGGACAAACUACUUUUAGACAUCCACCUUUGGAGUGUCUACCAUUUUUUUCAAAGCAGUUUGGCAGGACACCAGCCAUGUUUACAGUAAUAAAAUGACAAUCACAUUAACUUAUUUACCCUUAUUAAAUGGAAACCACAUUUGUUAAAAAAAACAUAUUACAACCAUCCAACUAUGUUAAAUUGUUUUGUAAUAUCCAGAUGUAAAUAUAUCCUUUGAGGACAGUACAGUAUAUGUAACAAAGUAAUCUAAGCUCAAAGGACCACUUACUAGCUUUUUGGAAGUUUGAGCUCCAUCUCACAUCAGACGCCAAAUACCGUCCUUGAACUGAGAUAGGGGUUAGGUCCCCCCACUUAUAUACAUCCAAUUGUAACUGACUGAAUUUCCAUUCUUAAACCACAUUAUGACACCUGAGCCAGCUCAAUUUGCUGAGUGAAUCCUUUAAGAUGUGGUUAAAAGAUCCAGAAAGCUUAUAAGUGGACCUUUUUUUUUUUUAAGCUUAGAUUAUUUGGUAUAUAUCCACCUCAUAUUUUUGUAUAUUUUGCCAGCUAGGUUUUAAUCAGUCCAGAGACAAUUAUGAUGCCAGUUAACAUUAUUCAUUAUACAGAACACUUGCUCUAACAUCAGAUUUGAUUAGAUUUUUACACGUUUAACUAAUCAUUGGUCUCAGAUUUUGUUUUUUGUUUGUAUGUUCAUAUUACUUCUAUGUUUAAAAAAACUUUUUGUUGUUUGUUUUAUUUGUUUUUUACAAAUGAAAUAUGCCACUGUUCACUAUGAAUGCAAUAGUUCUGUAUGAAAAUGAAACAAAUAAAUAAAGAAAAUAUCCA